AUCACACACCCACCGCCACGCACACCUGCUGACCCCACACUCGAGUGCCUACCGUGACAUACCGUCAGUGCCCACGUGGCUCAGACAGCACGUGCACGUGGAUGAGCUAAAAAUAGAACACGCGGAUGCGAAGUACAUCCGCAAGGCUGAGCAGCAGCAGAAGAUGGCGGACUCGUUGGCGAGGGCUGGCAGCAAGUACAAUCAGGGUCAGG